UAGAUUAGCUAAACACCGAUCACUUUGGUAUAGACAAGCAAAUUUAACUACUUUGAACGGUAUGGACUUAACAAACUACUAACUGAAGUGCAAAGAUGAUAUAACUCAUAAAUAUUUCAUAUUUAUAAAUCGAUGUACGAAUUAACAGUAAUAGUAGUGUAUUUUGAAGUUUACAUAAACCUGGAUCUGGAUUUAGUGUAAAUUAACUUAACAAAUUCAUAUCAUUUAUCUAAUAUUCCUCUAUUCAAUUAGAAAAUUAAAAGCGAAGUUAAAUCAUUAAAUCAUUCGAUUUCACUGAUGGAUUCAUCAUCAUUUCAAGAGACAAUCAACACUGAUCCAGAAUUAACAUUCGAUGAUUUACCGAUGCCAUUUAAAAUGUUAGACAAAUUAUUAUGGAACAUAUUUGAAGAAACAUGGAAUUUAAUUGAAGCAAAGGAAAAACAUGGAAGUAAGAAAUUCAUUUUCCAACAAUCUUGUCUACAAAAACUGGAUGUGAAUGUGGACAUUGAGAAUAUUCACAUAUUUACAAUUGUCGGACAGUAUUUAUUUAGAAUAUUUGAAAAUCAAAUUAGUGCAUAUGAUCUAAACGAUCUGAAAUUGAUUUCAGAGUGGAAUUAUUUGAAUGGGCUUAACAGUUGCAGUGUAAUACGUACAUUUAAAACAAUUCAAUACGAUAAAAAUGUUAUUUUGCAGCUUAUUAUCAAUGACUCAGGUCAACUAAGCCUUGUGAUGUUUGUCGAAGGGUUAUUCAUUCCAAUAAAACAAAUCAAUUUACCGUCCGAUAGUUUACUAUAUCAUACACUCAAUGGGAAGAUUUCACGGUGUGGAAAAUAUUUUAUCUCCUUAAAUGAAGAUUCAAUUAAUUCAAAAAUUUGGUUAGAAGUUUAUCGUUUACCAGUAGACGUAUGGAUGAAAGAAAUUUUACCAAUCGUCCAAGAAUUUCAAAAUGCAAAAAUGUCCACAUCUAGUAUAGAAACUUCUACAACUCAGGAGAUAACCGUUAAUCUGGUCGAACGAAAAUUAUUUUAUGAAAAUCAAUUUCAGCUUAGUUCACCUGUGUUAUUAGGAAGAAUUAAAUAUCCAGUACUGCCACCAAGUCCUGCAUGUAAAUCAAUAACAGCAGCACUCAAGCAAGCUAAUGAUAAGGCUAAUUUUUUAAGUUACUCAAAUCUUGGUACUCACUUGUUCUCCGAUGCAAUUAUUGAAACAAAUCAGUUGGCAUUCAUCGAACAUCGAAAUUAUCCUUCCUGUUUAACAGCCAUUCCUAAACCACAGCUUGAUGAGAAGAAUUCAGUGUCCGUCCAAGAAUUCAUAGAGAGCCCUGAAUCUGUGAAACAAAUAUCUGAACCCACAACAGAAAGAAGUCAACCACAUUCACCAAGUUCAAUAAAACAUCAAACUAGAAAUACAAAAUCUUCUAAACGUAAACAACCAAUUAAUAGAGAGCACAAAGAAAAAACAACAAAUGGACGUAAUAAUAAUAAAAAAGCUGAAAAGAUGAACGCUACUGCUGAAACUAUCGAUGAAUUAUCAAAUAAAGACAAUGAUGAAAAGUCAAAGAAGAAGCAGAACAAGACUAAUAAUAAAAAACAAGAAAUUGAAUUAGAUAUUGAAACAAAUUUAAAAGAUUCGACUACUGAUGAAACUGAUCGAGUAGAUAAUUUAUUUAAAAAAUCUCAACAAAAUGAAGAAAUUAGAAGGCAGUUAUUAAAAGAUUUAAAUGAAGUACAACCUAAAUGCUAUCCAUAUUUUGAAUUCCUGCCAAUAAGUUUGACCUCUGAUAGUAAACAAUCAGGAAUUUCAUCUUUGACCAAUCUGUCGUACUCAGGAUCUAUUUGUGUUCAUUGGUCAAGAUCAUGUUAUCUUUUCUUUUAUCCUUUAGAUAAGUUCUCCAAAACCGAAGAAGGUGUAAUAGAAGAAGUACGAUAUUUCGGUUCAGAAAUAACGUAUAUUUCAGUUAUUUAUUCUAGUCGUUCCGUUAAUGCAAACGAAAUGUCCAUUGAUGAUAAAGAAAAUCUACCGAAGAAGCUAGAUUUAAUUAAUUCGAGGAAUAAUUAUCUGGUGAUUGGUCUUCAAUCUAGAUUAGUUAUAAUUAAAGAACUACAGUCAGGAAGAUACUUACCCCUAUUUUAUACCGAAUUAGGAUCAUUGGUAGAUGCUGGUCUGUCAAUAAGUACCAAAUAUAUCAACUUACUCACUGCAUGUUAUCUAAAUAAGAAUAGACACUCAAACAAAGAUGAUUUGAUGUUACACAAAAAAUUCACGUUUGAUAUUUAUAAUUUAGAUGAAAAUCAAUUGAUUUGGAAAAAAACGCAUAUUGUGGGAAAGAAGAAUUUUCAUUGUCAAGCAAUUACCAUUUUAACUGUAGAUGAUAAUUUCAAUGUUGCUGUCUGUUUAGUCUCAUCGAAGGAUUUGCUCAUUUAUUCCCUGGAUCAUCAACAAAAUUGCUUACAUCACCAACAGCCGGUUAAACAACAUAUCGAAUCACAUCAAUCAAACCAGGUAGUUGACGCUGACCUAAAUCAGUUCUGUCAAAGUUCUAUUCAAAUUAGUUUACCUAACCCAUACGUAAUUAAUCUAAACACAGGGACUGUUAGUUUAUUCCCAGAAGUCAAUGAACAAUGGAUAGACAACGUCGAAUUCUACAAUCAAUUAUGUUUGACUUCAUGUCCAGCAAAAUCAAGUAUUCAGGAAGUUGAAAAUGAUAGCCAUGUAAAUCACGAAGGGAAAAAAGAGGAAAAAUUAAAUAGAAGACAAAGCACUUAUCAACUUUGGAUACGAGGAACUAAAAUUGAGCAACAGGACGAGGGUAGGAUCCAAUCCAAACUAUUUCGUGUUGACUUAGAAUUUAAAUCACUUGAAAUUAAUACCGAUUCGUUGGAACUGAAUAAUGAAGAGGAUUUUAAAGAGAUCUAUUCGGAACCACUUCAAAAUUAUUCAAAUAACUUAUUGAUGAAAAGAGGUCGUAAUGAAGCAGUCAGAAGAUUAUCGUUUCAGAAAGUCUGGGAACAACUUGCUACUUGUUAAGAAAUGUCACAAUUGAUAAUUUUAUUAGUGUUACAAUUACAAUUUAAUAAUUUGAUAUAAUUACAACCGGCUAAUACAAAAUAUGUAUUAUCUUUCUCAAUAGUCAAGUGUAAUGGUAAUUAUUUUGUUUUUGAAUCAAAUGACGUGGCAUAUUGUACAUGCAAACCCAACCCAGUUAAUUUUUUAUGAUAAUAAUAAUAACUGUUCAACGAAAUGAUCACCCAUAAAAUACGCCCUUUUUCCAUUCUUUGGAUUUAAUUUUCAAUAGAUUGAUACAUUCAAUUUUCAGUUGCGAUUUAUUGUAAUAAUGAAUUUUAACUACAUGGUAAUAAUGAACAUUUGUAGAUUGUAAAAUAAGUUUGUGGUGAAGUUCAGUUCAUUUCUGUAUAAAGGUAAUUUAAAUAAUCAGGUCAUAACUACGAUAGUGUAUGAAAUGCAGGGUUUUUGUUUACUUGGUACAACUUCUGGUCGGGAUAAUAACUUAAUGUAAAAUGAUAACUAUGUAUAAUAUUCAUUAAUAUUAUAUUUGCACGAGAUAUUCUGUUAAAUUUACGCUAGCAACCAUUUAUAAUAGUGAUUUCAGUCUGAAAAAAAUGGAUCUUUAUAGGUUUUCGUUAAGUGCUUUCUACUCGAACAUUGCUGGUGGAGUCAGAGUGUACGAAGAACUGUCAUCAAAAUUCAUAAAAUCAAGAAGUGCUUUUCAGGAUUGUGUGCUUUCUCCAUUUUAAUUUGUUUUGAUUACAGAUAUUCUUUCAGAAAUGAAGCGUUCAUUCUUUGACUUUCCAGAGACUGAUUCAUCACCAGGUGACUCAUUUAUCGACUAAGAAAACGUAAGUGAUAUAGUCGUUUUUGAUGAAGACCCGAUAAGACAUGACCUUCUGAUCGUCUUGAAUAGCGAUACAAGUGUGUUUAGGAUGCGUUUUUUUCUUCCCAAGUGUAAAAGAGAAAUUUCAGGAAAAGUCUGAGCCAACGCCUAAAUUGUCCACAUGGUGUGAGGUCUUUGCGCUUCUUAAUCAUCUCGCUUGUCGUUAACUUUGAGAAUAUCUAUAGGUUACAAGCACUUGAUCAUAGAUGUCCUCAAUAGAUUACUCAUUCCCUCUUGGGUCAUCGAGUGGACAAUACUGAAAUUGAACUCAGAGUACAAAGCAGGGGUGGUAAAUCAUUUGACAAGGUAGUGAAUAUGCACUGAAUGAGGUGGUUGGGAUAUGUAUUAAGUCUACCAAAACACCUUCAAUCUCAACGCACUAUAUUUACUGAUCUGGAAGUAAGUUGUCAGAAUGCUCGGUAUAGUCAAACCAAGAUAUGGUAUCGGUUAACGAAAUCAUCUAAUUUUGGCUUAGGCUCUCUUUGUUGGCGCAAAUCACCUGCUUGGUGUCCACACGAUUAUCGUAACCAAUAGUCGCCGAUAUGGCUCCUAAUAAGUUUUAAUGGUGCUUAACUUUACACCUUCAGUUUUAAAAUUUUCCUAUAAUUUUCAGUUCUUCAAUAGAUGCUUUCUUCCGGAAUCGUAUUAUCUUCGAAUAACAUUUUGUACUACCAUUAAAACUGUUAAUAACUCUAUUAUUGUGGUAUUCCUGUUGAUACAUUCUUGUCGCUAAGCUGAUAUUAUGCGGCAACGUGAACCUAUGCAUAUAUGUGUCAGGAUCUGUGUUAAUUGUGACUGAUGGACAUUCAUUUAUAAUAUUGAAUUUUGAAAGCCAGAUUCAAAUAAUCUUGUUUUUGUAGAAACGCCAAUUUGUUAAGAUUUUCCCGAGAAAAUAAUGUUAGUGUUUUUUGUGAUCUAUUGUAUCGCUAAACUUUUAAAAUGUGGAAUUCCGGGUACUUCACUCUGGGUACAACAUCCAAAUAUUCCAUUGCAAUAUUUUGAACAUAAAGAUGUUCAAUUUGUGCAACGGCAAAGGAAGUAGAUUUGCGUAUUAUACGUACAGGUUGAGUUUAGAAAGUCAACAGCACAAAUGACAAACGUUCACUUAUUUAGAGUGUGCUAAAUAUUGAUAACUAGUUGGUAGGACAGAUGAUUAGGCGGGUAAAAACAGUUUCCAUUUAAAAGCUAAAUUUUAUUUCUUGUUCAUUUUGAUUGUGUCUCACAGUACAUGGAUUCCAGAACUGAUGCUCAGAGUAAGAUUUGAAAUUAGCGCCUAUCACUAGAACUGUUAAUACAUUAUCAUCUAGGCUAAUUGGAGUUGUUUGCUGAAUUGAUAGGCGCUCCGAAACUCAUCCCAUCUGGUUGCAAGCACGAUAAGGAACGGGGGCAGGUUCAAAGUAGGUUGGUUUACGCAAUGAUUGUAAGCAGUGGUUGGUAGUGAAACCUCAAGUGAUGGAAAAGUCAUCGGUGAUAGGUGACAGUAGACAACUGUUCAAACUCAUCAAAGAAACAGGUGUUAAAAAUCUGGCGGUUAGUGAGAAUAUGUUGCAAAGCGAUGGGACAACUGUUUGACUACCAUUCAGGGGGUUGGAUUGAUGGACAGGAGACUUCAUGGAGCAGUUCGACUGACUUUUAGCCAUAGAUCAGUUGCUCACCAUCUCCAAGCAACCUGAAUAUCGAACUGAUGCACGUUCUCCAGCUCCUAGUGAGGUUAAAAAAGUUAUCAAUAAUAUAAAGCUAGGGAGAGCAGCAGGGCCUGAUUGGUUAACCUAUGAGAUUUUUAAGGAUGGUAGUUCAGUUUUAGCAGCUUUCUGUCUAAUUAGUGACUACUAUAUUUGCGAGAAGUAAAAUUACAAUUGAUGGCGCUUUCACACUUUCCGAUAGCAUUCUUCAACGCCUCCAUCAAUGGACUGGUUACCAAAAACAACGCAAAAGUUUUUUUAUGUCUUUCGCCACGUCCAAAAUCCCUUCACUUGUAUUUACUCAUAAUUGGGGAAAAAAGUGUAAUUAUUCUGCAAAUUAUUCUCUUUUUAUCCCCAUUUACAAACAAUCUUAACUAAUGACUUUAUCGUCAGAACUACGAAUUUCAUUGAACAAAAAAUGUUGCUGAUACAUGAAGAGAGAUAAAUGAUGAAAAAAAAGGAAAAAGAAAAAAGCAGACAAUGAAGAAAAAGGGGGAUGAUAAUAAUGUUACACAAAUAUUCAAUAAAUAUGUACAUAAUUCAUUAAAGGAAUUUUCUAUAAAAACAAUAAAAGAAAUUCGAAAUAAACCAAGAAUUGAAAAUCUAUAAAAGGUGAAUAUUAUUGAUAAAUUGAAUAUGAUGUAAAAAGAUCAGAUUUUUGUUUUUAAUGAAUGAAUAAUACUUCCAUGACGUAUUGAACCAGCACUUAAUGGACGAAUUGAAGAAUUAUUAUUGUUAUUAUAACUUGUAUUUAAAUUAAUUGGAUUCACAUUUAUAAUAGAUGAACGUUGUAUACUAGACAUAGGUGUACUUCCUGAUGAUGGUAUAACCAUAGAAGUUUUAUUUCUUUGUAUUAAACUAAUAGAACGUUUAUUAGUAGUUGGUUGAGAUUUGGGUGAACGAUUCUUUUUUAACAUUUUUGCAAUAUGCUUGUAAUGGAAGAAAGUAAAUGAUAUAUGAAUUAAAUUUAAUAUUUAUAAUUUUGUAUGUAAUUUAGUUAUAGUUUUUCAAUGGUACUAUGUCUUAUGGAACAUUUUUAUGUAUAUUCAUUAUUGAAUAAUGUGUUGCGAAUAAUGCGCAUACAAAAAGAUAAACAACUUUUUUGUAGAGACUAAAAUCUAUUCUAAAGUUUGAUAUAUAUUGAUGUUCUAA